UGUCUCUCCCUAUGUCCCGCCGGCAAAAGGGUGGAGUUAACAGCCUCUCUUUCCUAACCAACUACCGGACACUCCGCCUUUCUGCCCUCCGGUGACAGAGCUUCCGUUGCCGAAUUCCAGGGGCAGACACAUACCGGCAACUCCACACUGCACGCUGGACCUCGAUGAACUUUCUGUCUGCACGAACGUUUUGGAAAAAUACGGAAAGACAAACCGACGUGGACUCGGAACCAGUGAAAGUUGAGACACGUACGCGCCACGUUAGCGAUUUAUUAACGAGUUUUGCCUUUUUUUUGUUUUCGGGGAACUGAACAGUUGCCAUUUUUUUGGUGCUUUAAAAAGCUGUGAACUGGCUGGCAGACGCUUCAACGACAAAAAAAAGAAGAAUAGUGACUCGUCAGCGCAACAGUUAGCUUGAGUCACCAACAGUUUCAACACUUAUAAAGGAGGAUUAAUGACUUAUUUCUUUAUCUCAAGUACGUGUUCCGCUUUGGUUUGACUCACUGGUAGACACACAGACACACACACACAUAACAUUCAUCAACCCACACAGAUGCCCGCCUCCACGUCUGCCGGGCCCCGAGGCUGGAGCAGCUGAACCGGGCCGCCGCUGCAUUCCCCCGGACCCUUGAAGGUGAAAGGCGUGGCGCUGGGCGGGGGUGCUUUCGCUCAACACCUGAGGGUGUGUGUGUGUGUGUGUGAGUGCUGAGAGUUUGCGUCGAGGAACUGUUCCAGCGGUUUAUUAUUCCCCUCAGAUAAAAAUCUUGUUUGUUAGGGAUCUGUUUAUCACCUCACGGGCCCAGGUCGCGCGGACACGUUAUGGACCGUAAUGACAGUUCGUACUUUUUCGAGGUUUGACCCUACGGACCGACAAGUGGAAACGAACUGGGUCAGAGUGGUUUCGGUACUUAACUAUUUAUUGACCGGUGGAUAAUAUAUCGAGGUCAUGGCGUUGUCUCAGAUCCAGUGCCUGGACAACCACCACGUCAACUGGCGCGUGAGCGAGGGCAAACCCGAGUUUUUCUACAGUGAGGACCAGCGGCUGGCGCUCGAGGCUCUAGUCACCCAGGGCCGCGAUGCAUUCACGCAGUACAUCCAGGAGAGGGGCGUCCGGGAUUUCCUCUCGGAGCCGGAGCUGGAGCGGAUUGCUCACACAGCGGAGGACUACCGGCCUGGGCACGACCAUCAUCAGAAGCCAGAGACCCCAGGGCCGGGGAACCUCACCCCGGGGUCCGGGGAGUUUUGGGGAGACGGUGAGGUGUCGCUCCAGUAUUGGCCAGAUCGCUCGGAAGCCUCAGUGGCGGAGCUGGACCUCGGCUGGCCCGAUGCCAUUUCAUACCGGGGGGUCACGCGCGUGACCGUGCACACCCAACCUCCAACCGAAGGGCACACGCACAUCAAGGAGGUGGUGCGCAAGACCAUUGCAUCAGCGCAGAGGGUGAUAGCCGUGGUGAUGGAUGUGUUUACAGAUGUGGAUAUCUUUCGAGACCUGCUGGAUGCUGCCUACAAACGCAAAGUCCCUGUAUACAUAAUCAUUGACACGGCUGCAGUCCCCUGCUUUCUUUCCAUGUGUGGCAGAGCUGAUAUGCACCGUGGACACCUAAAGAAUCUGCGCGUACGCUGCUGUGGAGGUGUGGAGUUCUUCACACGGUCAGCACAGAAGGUGCGUGGAGCACUGAGCCAGAAGUUCCUCCUGGUUGACGGAGACAAAGCUAUCUCUGGUUCAUAUAGCUUCACCUGGACCUCAUCUCGUUUGGACCGUAACCUCAUCACAGUGAUCUCAGGACAGGCAGUGGAGACCUUCGACCUGCAGUUUCAUGAGCUUUACCUCGGGUCCAGAGGUGUGUCUCUCAACCAUGUCCCCAUGGUAGAUGAACCAAUCCCUGAACCGAUCCCUCAGGUGGCUCUUGCUCCGGUUUCAGCUGCUGUUGCUCGAAAGCUCAUCAAUCCCAAAUAUGCCCUUGUUGCCGCCGGAACCCACACAAGUCCGACUCCUUCCGACCAGAAUUCAAGCAACAAGAACUCCCAGAAUCCCACUCAGCUAAAGAUUACCAAAGGACGUCUUAAGCAUGUCAUCGAAGAGCCACCCUUACAUCCAGGAUUAGCCCAUCUGGAGAAAGUGUACCUGGUCAAGUACCUGCCCACCUGGCCAGAGCCGGACCCACCAAGCGACGUGAUUGGCUUCAUCAACAUCAGGGAUGAAAAGCGAGCUAAUCAGGUUCACUUACAAAGGUCGGAGAGGUUUGAGACCAGCCAGGCUAUACGCUUUAGCGCACCACUAACGCUAGUUCAACCACAGACUGAGGAACCGGCUUCAGUUCGGGAUGCAAACGCUGCAGGAGCAGCAGAAAACCUCUCUGGGAAUACAACAGCAGAGGCCUCUACUCCUGUGAGUCCAACCAACCAACAGCUCGAAAAGCAAACCGCUCCGAAUAAAGACCAAACUGAUGCAACAGAUUCCAGGGAGCCUCCUCAGCAGCCCAACACAUCUUUAACACAAGACACACGCAAACCGAAUGCACCAUCACCAUCCAAUGUUACUGCUGAUUCCCAACCAACAGACCAUGCUGAACAAACGCCAGAGAUUCAAACUGCAGCACCUCCUGUUCCUAAACGCCGCACCCUGCAGCUAGUCAUAGACCCCGCCCCCUCAGAGCAGCCUGGCCAACCACAGGUCAUUUUGAUGAAAAUGGACCAGUUGGAAAGUCUGGAUGGCUUCAACAAAAAGGGAACCCGGGAGGAUCCGCCGCCAGGCCGUGGCCGCAUAACAUCAAAGGCUAACAGCAGGGACUCUGUCAGCACCGGCGAGGGCAGCCAAGACAGCACGAAGGUCAUGUGCGACCGAGCAGCCAAUGAUGGUCCUUCAAGCACCUCCACGGCAUCAGAAGAGGAGUUUUAUGAAUGUCCCCAGCCAGGGCCAAGUGACCCGUUGACCAACGGAGUGACGACCGGGUCAGGGCGUGGGCAUCGCCAAGGGGACGGGUUCAACAUGAUGGCACGCCUCUCCCAGAGCAUGCUGGAUCUGCGGCAGCCCAGCCAGUCAGACGACAGCAAUGCCCUCAUCCGCGAAUCACAGCAGCUCCGCAGACAAGGACACGCAUCACCGCAUAGGCACAUAGGACAGUUGUUUCAGACCUCGAAAUCUCCAGGUCGUGAUGCCCGACAGAGAGGACCUAAAGUAAUUAUCGCCAAACCAGGAAGUUUUCACCGCCCCACCCGAGCAGAUGUCCCUGUGAUUGGAGGACACCGCUACUGGCAGGGUCAAAUGCUGCAGCCUAAUUCGCGUGUAGAGACACGAUCCGGCCGGUCGCCACGACGCCACAGCCCGAGUUACAGGAAGACUGACGCCGCGCCACAGCAGCCAGCCAACCCAUCAGGGUUACUGGGAGUAUCUUUCUCAAAACUGAGCAAUUUUAAACACUUAAGGCCACGAGGUGGAGUGCCGCAGAAGAAAGGGUCUCAAAAUAGCAAGGCUGACCGGUAGAACUUUGGGCCAGCACAGCUACACGAGGAUGAUUGUUGAUACAGACAUCCUGCUAAGAAAGUGGUGACUCUUCAGUGUGGAAUCUUCUCUAUCUCUGGCAUGCAUGUCAUUUCCUGUUUUUGAACCCUUAGGCUCAACAUACAACAGAUAUAUUUAAUUGGGAUUUUUUGACUAUGUCAACAAGAGUUGGCAGUUUGAUCUGAUGAUAUGUUUUAAGAGGUAUUGUCUGUGAAUUAAUCCCAUCAACUUCAAAACCAAAGCUUCAUGGCUAAAAGUGUCUGACUGGAGGGUUCCAGUAGUGUCCGGGAGGUGUGAUGAAUUUAAGAGGCUGAUGCUGAUACCUGGGAGGAAAUAAACCCACACUUUUUUUUAGCACGGAUCCCUCCAAGAGUUGUGCUAAGAUUUCCACCAGAGGUAGGGUAUUUUAUGGAUGAUAACCAGUCAGCUGUUGGUCAGCUGUGAUAUUCUGCCUUGCCAACUCAGGCCCCUUUAGUCUUAUUAACAAUUCUAUGAACAAAUAUUGUUAAUUACCUCAACUGCUUUUCUUUUUUCAGAACACUGUAAAACGUAUUUUUCCAUAUCCAACCUACACAGAUCAGCCGAUUAUGUCUCGCCAGUGCCACUGAUAUUACAGUCAGGCUCUGGUGUUGAUACUGUACCACUGUGAUUGGUUACUGUAGGUGUUAGGGUAGGGCUUCUGUGUUGAUAACUGGUACAAAUGCAAUUUUAAACACUGAUGUGGGACCAAAAGUAAAUGUUGUAAAUAAAAAAAAAUACAAAUUGUUGCUGACCCAGCUCUGUUGUUGCCUCAACCAGGUCAGGUAAAUUAACAGUUGAUUGAAGAAUCAUGCAGCAGUUAACAUCUCAAUAUUUCAGGAAAGUUCAUCAUACUGAAAGGGAAAGUACAUAACUCAAACCUACAGCAUCUUCACCCAGACAACUACUCUGACAAUAAUCCGGAAGAGCUGGAUCAUGGAUCACUUUUUAAGUAUGUCUGCUUUUGCCUCAAAGACUGCAGACAAAUAUAAUGGUAGCUUUUAGGUUUCUCAGGUGAUUUUUGAAGUGUAGUUUUUUUUUUUUUCUUUUGCUGAGAUUAUAUGCAGCCAAAUUAUUAGAAUAGAGUGUUGUAUGGUAUAAGUGG